AUGGACUUCUCCAAUAUUUUCCGGAUUGUUAACCUCGCCGUGGCUGUCAUCAUGGUGCUUGGUGGUAUUGCCCAAUUCUUCCCUGCGUCGAUGAGUUCGAUCAUCGUCGGAACAUAUGUGAUUAUCUUUGGUGCCGCUCUUGGUGGCUUGGAGUUCUUGCCUACCAUCCCCGACUACGCUUACCGUUAUGCUUCUUUCCUCUUCUCGUUCUUGGGUCGUGGUGUCUUCUAUAUCUUUGUCGGAUCGCUCCUGCUGCACGACGGUGUGUUGCGGUACAUUGCCGGUUCGAUUGUUGGCUUCAUCGGUCUCGGAUACCUGGCUCUGGAGUUCAUUCCGUCGAUCGAGCCCCCAUCGAACAUGCGCGAGGCUGACCAGGGCUGGGGUGCUGAGCAAGUGUAUGGCGAGCAGGUCUAA